AUGCGAUCGGGUCAUGGACGUUUCCUCCGCUACGCCUUGGUGGCUUGUGUGGUGGUGAUCAUCCUCGGUGCCGGCAUGUGUGCAUCGCUGCCCUCGGACAGCGACUUUGACUUGCAAGUGAUCGGAGGAUGGACUGUUCCGAUGCAGCGAAAUUAUGUGGUCCGGGACCUACCUAAGGACGAUUGCAUAGUUGCCGCACAUCCGCCGCAGGCAAACCGCAUGUCUUCGGAAGCCCAGCAAAGCCGCGGCCACCCGUAG